AUGGCUGUCAAGACGGAGGAAGGAUCGUCUCCCCGUACAUACCAGCAAAUGGAAGAUGAGCACGAUUUAUUGGAGUCAACUGUGGGCAAAGAUGUCCCUCCGAUUACAGCGGAGGAUGACUCGCCGGCCGACCAUCAGAGCAAACAGAGAAUCGCUGUCGUGAUGACAGCGCUGAGUCUAUGCGUCUUUCUGGCAGCAUUGGACAUUACUAUUGUCUCGACGGCCUUACCAGAAAUGGUGGCCCACUUCAAAGCUUCCGACAGCGCAUACUCCUGGAUCGCAUCCUCGUACCUUCUUGCCAAUGCAUCGUGUGUCCCACUGUGGGGUCGGAUCAGCGACAUCUGGGGCCGAAAGCCCAUUCUCAUCAUCUCCGUGGUGCUCUUCCUGGGAGGGAGUUUGAUCUGCGGCGUGGCCGUUAACGUCGCCAUGGUCAUCGCGGGCCGCGCCAUACAGGGAGUCGGGAGCGGAGGCAUUACUGUGUUGGCCAAUAUUUGCGUAUCCGAUCUGUUUAAUGUGCGCCGCCGGUCGGCGUAUCUAGGCAUUUUUGGGGCAACCUGGGCUAUCGCCGGUGCCAUCGGACCCAUCAUCGGCGGCGCCUUCACCACCUACUCGACUUGGCGCUGGUGCUUUUACAUCAACCUUCCCAUCGGAGGCCUCGCCUUCUUCGGUCUUCUGUUUUUCCUCAAACUCGAUACCGCCCCGCUCACCCCGCUCGCAGCCGGCCUUCGUGCCAUCGACUGGACCGGCCUCUUCCUGAUCGUUGGCGCCACACUCAUGCUCCUCUUUGGCCUCGAAUUCGGGGGCUCCCAGUACCCCUGGUCGUCCGCCACAAUCAUCUGCCUCAUCGUUUUCGGGCUAGUGACGGCCGGUCUCUUCCUCCUCCAUGAGUGGAAAUUCGCCCGCACGCCCAUCAUCCCCAUCACCAUCUUCUCCAACCCCUACAACCUGACGAUCCUCCUCAUCAACUUCUGCCACGCCACCGUGUUUAUCGGCGGGUGCUUCUAUCUGCCCGUCUACUUCCAGAACGUCCUCCUCGCCAGCUCCCUCAUGAGCGGCGUGUACCUGCUCCCGCUCGUCGUCGCCCUUUCAAUUUCGUCCGGGCUGGGGGGAUUCUACAUGCGGAGUACCGGCCGAUCGCGUGAGGCGAUCUGUCUGGGAAUGCUGUUCACGACCCUUGGCUUUGGACUCUACAUCGACCUCCAGUCAUACGCUUCGUGGCCGCGGAUCAUUCUGUUUCAGGUGGUAGUGGGGCUGGGCAUUGGGCCGAACUUUCAGGCGACGCUGAUUGCGUUGCAGGCGAACACCAAACCGGAGGAGCUGGGCCGAGGAACAGCGACCUUCUCCUUCAUCCGGCAGCUCGCUUCGGCGGUGUCGGUCGUGGUUGCAUCGGUGGUGUAUGGCCAUGUGGUGAGCACGAAGGAGGGAACGAUGGCGGCGGUGCUAGGUGAGACCCUGGCGGAGGAGAUUGUGGCAGCGUCCACCGCGGCGGAGGCAUUUGUGAAGAUGUUGCCCAAGGGCGAGGAGCGGGAGGUGGUGUUAGAUGCAUUGACGAAGGCGUUGAGCUGGGUCUGGGUACUGUACACCGCUGUUGCCGGGUUCGGGUUCUUGAUUAGUCUAUCGUUGAAGGAUUUGAGGCUGGGGGAUGCGCAGCCGACCAAGGCUGUGGAGGACGGCCGGCUGGACGAUGCCGUCGAGAUGGCUAAGAGUCGGGUCUAG